AUGAAUGAUUUUGCUAGAAUUAUUUCUAAUCUGCAAACAGUCGAAGAAGGAGGUGAUCUCCAACCCCAAGGGUUAAUUGAUAUUAUCGACGCUUUGCAGGACUCAUUCAGAAACAGCGCAUCAAGAAAAAAUCUGAAAAUUUGCUUUGGAUCAAUUUUCUCAGGUCUGCUGACUUUAUCUAAAAAAUUACCAGAAGUAAGCCCCAUUUAGACUGAUCAGCUUAUUUUUGAAGUUUUUAGAAGCUUCGGACAAGAAGGAUAUGAUGUAACGCAGAUGCUGAUAAAAGAAUUCGAGAAAAGAACUGACGAGCCAACACUGAUAAAGCUCAUCAGUUUAACAAGAAUGGCAUUAGAUUCAAUGCCAGCUGGCAAACGAAUAUCAGCUUCUGUCAAAUUAUCUUCAGCCUUAAACUCAAUUAAAGAUUUGCUGAGCUCUGAAACUUAACUUAACUUAACUUAACUGUCUGGUAUUUAAGGUGUCUAGUGCCGCACCCCAUAAAAAUGGGAGUUAUAGCGAAAAAUUGAUGACGUCGCCGGGCCAUCUGGAAUCGCGAUAGUUAGCCCACCGGCCAAGCCUUCACCUGCACUUCGCCCAUCUUCGCCGCACGUCUCACCCGGCGCGUUGCCGUCGCCCUUGCCUCGACUCAGCUCCUGCGCGUUUUCCGCCUAAGGGUCAUCCUCCCGUGGGGAUGUGCUGAGAGGUAAAACUCCGAAAUCUUGAGUGCACUGAGGAGCUGUUCCUUUGGUUAUCCCCCAAAAGUUAAACAGCUAUUGCUGUGCAGAAGUUCUCGAGAGAGAAACCCAACCCCAUAAAUAAAAUUCCAUGAGGGAGAGAAAAUUAGCAAAGCUAAUUUCUCUCGAACCGAAUGCCAUUUUAUUUAUGCUGAGCUCUGAAACAGAUAAAAAUACAGUAGAUGAAAUUCUAAGCACAAUAGCGCCUUCAACUUCAGGCUAUAUGAACCGUGAAUUGACGAAUAACGAUAAAAUUAUGAUCAUCGAACAAUGAAUUACUGAUGAUCCUUUAUUGAGAGACAAAACCACUAAUGCAUGAGUAAAAAUAAAAGGGAUAGAAAUGAUUGAUUUUUUAAGUAAACCAACAAAUAUGUGCUUAUUAGUAGAUUUUAUAUUUAAAACCACGCCGAGCAGGAUCCUUGAAGAAGAAACUGCAGCAAAAGCAGUAAAAGCGCUAAUUCAUCUUCAUAAUAGCAUUUUGAUAAUGAAGUUCCAUACAUAUGAUCCUGUUCAGCUUAUAAUGGAAUGCAUUCAUAGAGGGCUUCAAUCUGCUACUGAUGAAAUCAGAAUAAUGAUGGCUUGCAAAGUCCUCGAUUAUUGGAUGAAAAAAGAUCUAGAAAAAUCAAUCCCUAUAUUUUUAUCCUUGCAAACAGGUCUGCUAUUAAUUGAGCACAUCUAUAUAGGAGCAGUUCAGCAUUUUUUACAUUUCACUAUCAUUUCUAAUCAAUUACUUUCAGAAAGUCUCAAAGAAAUGAUCCAUUCCAACUUAUUAUCUCCAUUCCUAAAUCAAAUAUGAAGCAAAAUGGUGAUACUAAGGGAAAUUGGUUUCCGAGGAGCACUAGAGCAGGUCGGACCCAUCUUGAUGAAGCUGAAAAUAGUGCCUCUUUCAAUUUUUUAAGUAGACCUCCGGGUUUAUGGAUGCAGUCGAUGAGGAAAGUUUUGUUUCUACCCUCUAUUUUUCCCUGUCUAUGUCAGAUGGACUAGACAAGUUUUUACCUCCCACUUAAUUUUUACUUAUCUGGACUAGCAGGGCAGUCGCAAGAGGUGGCUCUAUCUCGGAGCUAUCCUUAGCUUAAGUGGAUUUUACACCAGAUAGGCAGGCUAGUGGUCUAUCCGCUAAUGGCCUUAUAAUUUUAAGUUAAUUUAAAUCAAAUAUUCCAGCUUCUCAAUGCAGAAAGGGAUUUAGAUAAGGACAUUUAUUUAAUCAAAUUAAAAGGAAUUUCUGAAUUUUUUGAGCAGCUCUUUGCAGAAGCUUUAUCAAUUCCAAACAAUUCUGAUGCUGAUGAAGUCCAUGAGUGCGAAAAUAAAAACUUAUUGAAUGGAGCCAGAAAUUUAACUGAAUUUUUAUUUGUAGAAAAUGGAGCACUUCUUGUGAGGAAUAUUUUAAAAAUUGCUUUUACUGACUUUAAUGAUUCUUCUGAUAAUGAAAUUAGAUAUGAUUAUCUAAAUUUGAUUACAAAAAUUCUGGUCAGUUGCAAAGAAGGAGCUUUGCGUUCAAAGGCCAUACGUUUAAUUUCGCAUUUUGAUAGAACAACACUGAGAGCAAUUCAGCAAAUUGUUUCAAGAUUUGCAAUUGGGCCGAGGGUAAAGCAAGUCAAACUAAAUGCAUUUGUAGUUGAAAGGCCAAUAAGCCUAGAUAUGCUGACAAUAAUUAGGGUCCUGGCGCUAAUAUUGGAAUUGAGAACUGCAUUAAUUGAUGAAGUUGAGUCUGGAUGCUGGAAUUCCUUAUAUAUGUGGUUAUUUGUCUUUAAAACAAAUAAUAUGCUCUGUUCUCUUAUGAAUAGACUAACUAAAUUAUUUAUAGAAAACGCUGAUAUGAGCUUAAUAAGGCAAUUAUUGUUAACAAGAGGAAUGAUGCACAAAAUAAUCACAGCUGCGAUUGAGCCAGAUGAAAAUCCUUCGGAAAAAGAUUUCCAUUAUUGUGCUAAAGGAAUGAUUAAUUCAAUUAUAUUUUAUGUAAAUAAUCAUGAUAAUGCACUGACAAGAGAUAUUCAAGCAUCUGUAAUGUGGCAAAAAAUUCCAAAGAGAGAAAGAGCAAAGGGAUUUGGUAUUGAAAAGAAAAGAGUAAAAGCAGUUUCUGUUGAUAAUGGGCCAAAACAUAAAAUAUCAAAAUUAAAAACUAAUAAAUAUUAA